AUGGGUCAUACUAUAAUUGGUUCUAAUCAAGAUAAUUUAGCGGGAAUUGAUGAACAACAAGACACUAAUACCAGCAAUAGUAUAAUUGAUUCUAAUCAAGAUUACUUAGCAGGAGCUGAUGAACAACAAGGCACUAAUACCAGUAAUAAUAUAAUUGAUUCUAAUCAAGAUAACUUAGCAGGAGGUGAUGAACAACAAGACACUAAUACCAGUAAUAAUAUACUUGAUUCUAAUCAAGAUAGCUUAGCAGGAACUGAUGAACAACAAGACACUAAUACCAGUAAUAAUAUAAUUAAUUCUAAUCAGGAAAACUUAGCAGAAACUGAUAAACAACAAGACACUAAUACCAGUAAUCAUAUAAUUGAUUCUAAUCAAAAUAAUUUAGAAGGAACUGAUAAUUAUCAAGACAUUAAUACUAUAAACAAU